AAGUUUUUCUAUCUAUUUAGCGCAAACUAAUAUUCGAAAGUAGAUAGAUGCGUAGACAUUUAUGUAGUAAUAGUGUGUAAGGACUUCAUAAAACGCAAUUGUUUUUUGUAUGAAAAGCAAUCCACCUUAAUUUAUAAAUAAAUACCUACAUCAUUCAAGUAUAUUAUAUGGACAGUGGUAAAUUCCCGACUCCUGUUUAAAACCGCAAAAUAAUAUCACAAAAAAUGUCUUAAUAUAGAAUUUAACACUCAUGAUACUCAACGAAUGAGUCACUUCCUGUAGGAGUGAGGUAAAGUCCCCUAUCGGAGCUCGCCUCUAUAAAAUCACACAGCAGAAUGUCCCUAGCUUUAGUAAUACAUUGUCAAAAUGGAAGUUAAGUUGUUUGUGUUCCUAAUGUUUGUGUUCCUGGGUGUAGUGAAAGCCGCUGUUGUUAUAAAUGAAUUUGAAGACGUUAACGAAAACAGCUUAGAAGGUGGUUGCAACAACGGAGCAUGCGACCAGCUGUGUCGGCGACUCGGCUUCACGGGGGGCGUCUGUGUAGGCGGCAGAUGCAAAUGCGACAACUUUUCUCCACUAAUAGAUAACGAAUACACUUUGGAGGGCGGUUGCAACAACCGAGCAUGCGACCAGCUGUGUCGGCGACUCGGCUUCACAGGGGGCGUCUGUGUAGGCGACAGAUGCAAGUGCGACAACUUUUCUCCAUUAAUAGAUAACGAAUACACCUUGAAGGGCGGUUGCAACAAUCGAGCAUGCGACCAGCUGUGUCGGCGACUCGGCUUCACAGGGGGCGUCUGUGUAGGCGACAGAUGCAAGUGCGAUAACUUUUCUCCACUAAUAGAUAACGAAUACACAUUGGAGGGCGGUUGCAACAACCGAGCAUGCGACCAACUGUGUCGGCGACUCGGCUUCACAGGGGGCGUCUGUGUAGGCGAUAGAUGCAAGUGCGAUAACUUUUCUCCACUAAUAGGUAACGAAUACACAUUGGAGGGCGGUUGCAACAACCGAGCAUGCGAUCAGCUAUGUCGGCGACUCGGCUUCACAGGGGGCGUCUGUGUAGGCGACAGAUGCAAGUGCGAUAACUUUUCUCCACUAAUAGAUAACGAAUACACAUUGGAGGGCGGUUGCAACAACCGAGCAUGCGACCAGCUGUGUCGGCGACUCGGCUUCACAGGGGGCGUCUGUGUAGGCGACAGAUGCAAGUGCGAUAAUUUUUCUCCACUAAUAGAUAACGAAUACACAUUGGAGGGCGGUUGCAACAACCGAGCAUGCGAUCAGCUGUGUCGGCGACUCGGCUUCACAGGGGGCGUCUGUGUAGGCGACAGAUGCAAGUGCGAUAACUUUUCUCCACUAAUAGAUAACGAAUACACCUUGGAGGGUGGUUGCAACAAUUUAGCAUGCGACCGUCUGUGUCGACGACUCGGCUUCACAAGAGGCGUCUGUGUAGGCGGCAGAUGCAAGUGCGACAUCUUUUCUCCACAAAUAGCUCCAGAUAACGAAUACACCUUGGAGGGCGGUUGCAACAACCGAGCAUGCGACCAGCUGUGUCGGCGACUUGGCUUCACAGGGGGCGUCUGUGUAGGCGACAGAUGCAAGUGCGACAACUUUUUUCCACUGAUAGAUAAUUCUGUGACUAAACUUGAAGCAGUCGGUGGUUGCAGUCAACAAACCUGCAGUUAUGCAUGUCAUAAUUUGGGAUACAAACAUGGCAUUUGUAUUUUCGGAAAAAAAUGUAUUUGCUACAAUGUAGUACACAAUAAACAUAACCUUGAAAGAUUGGCUUGUAAUGAGUCGUCAUGUUACAACUUGUGUCGGCGAAAGGGCUACCUCUUUGGCGUUUGUGUAAACGGCAAGUGCGAAUGCAGUAAGUUCACAAACAAACUCACAUACGAUGAAAUAGAAAUCGUCAAUGGUGAAAAUGAAGAUCUUGUAGACUAUCAAACAAAAGUAUCGUAAAAAUGCUUUAUCGCUGUAUGAUGAUUAACCUAUUUGUGUUUUGCAUUAUAAUGCAAAUACAUUUAGAUUAUCGUUGUACAUUUUUGCCCUUGAAGUUUUUGUGGAAAUAAUAUAAUACUAGAUAACC